AUGGAUCAGGUCCAGAAGGAACACCAGCGCCUCUGGAAAAAGGCGCAGGGCUCAAAGUGCAUCAACGAUGUUCAGACAACCAUCGAUUUGCUCUUGGAGGCUCGAAGGACCAUCGAAAAUGAUCCGAAUUCUGCGUCUAUCACACUUGCAAAGCUUCAGAAUCCAGUGAAGGCGUCGUUUGAAGCCACGAAUAAUGACCUAAAGGAGGCGUACAGCGGGUUGAACAAAUACACAAAGGCAUUGGACAAGCUGUUCAAGGAUAAACCCCUACCGACUACCGAAUAUGACUCCCUAUCUCAGCCGGCCUUGGUCAACAGGGCAGUGGCCAUGCAUCUAUUGCGAGAGGGGGCGUUUUCAACAGCAGAUACCUUCUUAACCGAAGUAUCGAGAGCACACAUGUCGUCAGAAUCAGAUACGGCCAUGGCACAGACUGAACAACAGCCGUCAGAAGUUAUCCCCGAUAUCGAGGCUCUAGAAUCUGGGGAAAUACGAAAACAGUUUCUUCUCAUGUACGAAUUACUGCAUGAACUCACCGAAAACCGAAACCUACUCCCCGCAAUUGAAUGGGCUCGAAGUAACCGCGAAGCUCUCUAUGUUCGAGGGAGCAACCUUGAGUUCGAACUUUGCCAACUGCAAUUCGUAUGGCUCUUCCACGGGGGGAAAGAAGCCAACAUCUCAGUAGAAGAGGGUAGAUUGAAGGCACUUGAAUACGCUAGACGCGAGUUCACUGGAUUCCAGGGCCGAUAUCUGCCCGAAAUUCAACAACUUAUGGGCGCAAUGGCCUUUGUACCGAAUCUCGAAGACUCCCCGUAUAAUGCUAUUUUUAACAACCCCCAUUCCUGGGAACGUGUUGCAACCUCCUUUAAGAGGGAAUUUUGCGCCUUACUUAACCUCUCAGCGGAGUCACCUUUGUACGUCGCGGCCACAGCUGGCGCGAUAGCCCUCCCAACCCUCCUCAAACUUCAAACGAUCAUGAAAGAGAAACGAACGGAGUGGACGAGCCAGAACGAACUGCCUGUCGAAAUCCCUCUUCCACGAUCAUACCAAUACCACUCGAUAUUCGUGUGCCCUGUAUCAAAGGAACAAACAACAGAUGCAAACCCUCCCAUGCUGAUGCCUUGCGGGCAUGUCAUUGCCCAUCAAUCACUCAUGAGAAUCAGUAAAGGCGUUAAAUUCAAGUGCCCGUACUGCCCCAGUGAGAGCCAUGCUAAAGAUGCUAAAAAGCUUCUCUUGUAG